AUGGAGGACUCCUGCAUGCUGGAGGAGGUGAAGGUGGUGGAGUGCUGCAUGGUGACGCCCAGCGAGGAGAUGCCCAGGCGCGGACUCUGGCUCUCCCCGCUCGACCUCAUGAUGGUCAACAGGGGCCACACAUCGAACGUCUACUUCUACCACUCCGCCUCCGGCGACGGCUUCUUCGACGUGGCCAGGCUGAAGGCCGCGAUGGCCAAGGCCCUGGUCCCCUUCUACCCCCUCGCGGGCCGUCUGGGCGUUGAUGGUGAUGGCCGGCCAGAGAUCGACUGCACUGGACAAGGUGCGCGCUUCGUGGUCGCUCGCUCGGAACUCGCCGCCGACGACUUCAGCGCCCGCCAGCCGUCGCCGGAGCUGAGGAGGCUCUUCGUCCCCGGGGACAUCGACGACGUCAUGCUCGCCGUCCAGGUGACCUUCUUCAAGUGUGGUGGGGUGGCCCUAGGCACGGCGCUGCACCACGUCGCCAUCGACGCCCUAAGCGCGGUCCACUUCAUCCAGACGUGGUCCGCCUUCUCCAGAGACGGGGCCAGCGACGGUGCUGGAGCAGCCGCGGCGGCGCUGGAGCUGCCAUGGCACGACCGCACCCUCCUCCGCGCACGCUCCCCGCCACGCGUCAUCAACCCCGACGCUCUCUCCGUGUUCUUGCCCCUCAAAAACGACCCAAACAUACCCCUGCCGGAACCGUCUGGAGCUGCCGUCAACGAGAUUUUUGUUCUUUCCAAAGACCACGUCGCCGCUCUGAAGCGUGCCUGCGGUGGCGCGAGCACGUUCUGCGCCCUCAGCGCCCACGUGUGGCGCUGCAUGUGCGCCGCUCGGCGGCUGCCGACGGACGCCGAGACGCGGCUCACCUUCCCGGCUAACUUCCGGCGCAGCCUGACUGCCUGA